GAUCCAAAUACAAAUUUUAUUCAGACUACAUGGAUGUACUCAUAUAAUCAAAAAAGAAGAUGUGCAUUCUGUUUCACUGACAUCUACUAGGUCUUCCACUUUGCCUGACACAGAAAUGAAAAUAUAUACUUAAUUUCUCCCAGAAGGUCAGUUCUUCCACAUAAAACCCCCAAAAACAGAUGACUUGAAGUCACUAAUGGUUCUAAAUUUGGGGUUAAAUUAUACAAAGUUAAAAUAUAUAUAUAUAUGCAAAGUAAUCUGGCUAUGCUAUUCUAAGGUAAAUAAGGCCCAGCCAUCUUUGAAGAGUCAUGAGUAGGUUAGAUUAAGUUUAAAACAGGGAGUGAUAAAUUUCCACUGGAAGGGAAGGACUUCACUCAUGGAUAUUCAUAUGUUGCACUUCUCAAAAUAAAGUCUUUAAAUAAUUGGAGGAAAUACUCAAUUUUAGUUGGAGGUUAGUAAAAAUAAAGAUAUAAUUUUUGGCCAUACACAUCCCCUUGAAUUCUAUCCACAAAUCUCUUCCAAGACUCUGUAAACAAUGUUAAAAGCCUCUGCUCUGACUUUCUAUCUGCAUGCCCUUCCUGAGCUUAAGGGACCUGUUCUAACCAGCUGGCAGUGAUUCCUAUAUUGCUUCAUUUUAUAUAUAUGAUGUUCCAGAUUAUUUAUCACUUAUGAAUUUUUGUAGGAAAAUAUGGUGGUAUUCAAAUGGUCAUUUUUUGAUAUGUGAUAUGAGAAGUAGUCAAUCUUGCCAUGCAGAAAGGCAACACUUUUAAAUGUUUUCAUUUUUCAAUUCAAACCAUUGACCAGAAACAAUCACCCAACCAUCUCAGCAACCACCUAAUUGCCACAAUUUUUCCAUUUUGCAUACAAUUAAAUCAUGAGAGAUCUUGUUAAAUCUCUUAAAUUUUCUUAUCUAUAGCAUUCCACUGAUGUAACAGUCUUACCCCACACACAGAGAAAAAAAAAACAGAAACAAGAUUCAAGAUGAAAAAAAAAGGGGGGGAGCCUGUGGAUAGCCAGGAAAGGAUAGGAAAACAGUGAUUAGAAGUCUGGCAAAGACUUGAAUUUCCCAGAGUACAGUUGUACUAAACCUACUUGGGCCUGUGUUUCUAAUGUAGGGCUGGAGCACCUAUACCAAAAUGGGUGGGCAGUACUAUCCUAUCCACACUGAGAGAUCUGAACAAUACUACUCCAUAAGACCAAGCAUUAAAGGAUGGAAACCAAGGUCUUUUCCAUGAUUCUACCAUAAUUUUGUCAUUGAGAUCAACAUCACCACCCAGAAUUGGAUAUAAGUGGCUAAGAUGAGGUCAAUAGAUGAGAAAGGGCUGACCAAUACUUUUCUAGCUUUAAGUACAGGACAUUAGAGAAGCUGUAUGUUUGGAAAGAGGAGAGGAAAAAAAACUUCAAUGGAUAAGUCUUUAAAUUCAAACUUUUACAUCAAAUAGACUUCAGCAAGAUAUUCCACAGGGAUGGAAAAGGAAGUAGUGUCUCCCCACUAGUCUCCACACUACCCAACUCUCUGAAAAGAAAGUUUAAGGGAAGGCCAGUAGAAUAGUCACAAAAUACUGAACAAUAAAACACAACAUCAAAGUCUUUUCCUGCCCAUUAGCCCAGUGAGAGACUAUGAACUGCUAAAUGCUUUGUACUUUUAACUAGUAAGGUAAUAGCCAAGGGUAAGCAGUUUCUUUAAACUUUCAGAAAACCAAGUUCACUUUCCUUUUUUCCUAAAAAGAGGAUUAAAAGGCAGGUCAAGAUCUAACUACACAGUUCUUAUCCAUUUGUGUGAAAGUCUUUUCUCCCUCAUCCUACUCCAUUCAACAUGUAGGGUGACUACAAAAGGAAACAAUCCAUUGCAUGUAUUUUGGAGAAUCAGGAAGCAUGAAUGAAACUAGUAUAUUUGUCCUUGAGAGCCUGAGAACCAAUCAGACUAUGGCAAACAGAGACAUGAACAGAGAAGCAGUAGUUCAGGGCAGAGUUUGGAAUCCUUGACUAUGUGUUGAGGUAUAGCUUGACUAGUGAAAAUGAGAAGAAAUAGAUAAAGAAUUGAUUGGGGGGGAUGGUUAAAAAUUAAGUAGUCUUCUACAGCUAUAAUUCAGAAAGCAUUUGCAGGGCAUCUAUGUGUCUCAGUGGAUAGAGAUCCUGACCUGGAGAAUGGAGGUCCUGGUUUCAAAUCUGACCUCAGACAUUUCCUAGCACAUUCCUUAACCUCCCCUGCUUAGCCCUUAUUGGUCUUCUGACUUGGAACCAAUACAUAGUAUUGAUUAUAAGAUGGAAGGUGAAGGAUUAAAAAAAGAAGAAGAAUUUAUUAGGCACUUACUAUGAACUAGGCAUGUGCUAAGCCCUAGGAAUAAUUUAAUACUGGCUACUGGCAAAGAAGUUGGUUCUUACCUCAAAAAACUCAACAGUCUAAUAGAGAAAGACAAAAAACAUAAUGGGGAGCUGGAAAAAUGGGAAGUAAAGGAGAGAAGUUAUUCACAAAGGGAGGGGCAAAGCUACUGGUGAGGAGAUAAAGCAGUCCUGAGAAGAUUGGAAAAAGAAGCUAAAGUUUCCAGGCUGUACCACUGCCUGAGAGUAGAAAAUGAAAGUCAGAAUGAGAAUGAGUAAGCAGGUACUUAUUACAGAAUCCCUUCCUCUAUAUGGAUAUCACUGUAUGCACAAAGGUAUAUUUGGUGGCCUGCUUGCUAGUCCCUCUCUCCAUCCUCAUGCUCUAGAAAUGGCACAUACAAUACAGUCUGAACAAUGAUGAUACAUGAAAAGAUCAGAUUCAGUCUACCACAAUUUGUCUUAUUCACAGACAGCUUAGGGAUUUAUGUUUCAGAAAGAGAUUGACCAGGAGAAAUACUGAGCAGCCUAACAGUUACCAAAGAGCAUUGAUGAAAUAAUAUCAUUCUAAAUAGAGAUUGCUGAUGACCUGGCACAAGGUUCUAAGCUCACUCCUGUCCUAUUCAAUAUUUUUAUAGAUGACCUGAAUGAAGACAAAGAAAGAAGGGUUAUCAAAUGUAUAGAAUGCAAAAAAAAAAAAAUAGGAUAACGAACAUACUGAACAACAGAAUUAGGAUACCAAAAGUGUCCUCCAAAACCAAUCAGAAUAUAGUUUUACUUAUUAAAUUUCAAGUUAUACCAAUGUUUUUUUUAAUAGCUAUUAUAGGAGAGGACAUCUUGGAUUAAUAGUAGUUCACAUGAAAAAGAUUUUGUUUAGCAAGAGAAUCAUCAGUCAAUAAUUUGAGAUAAUUUUUAAGUAAUCUUAGACUACUAGGUGAUGGUGUGAUAGAGCACUGGACCUAGAGUCAGGAUAGACCUAAAUUCAAAUCUAACCUCAGGGACUAGCUAUGGGACCCUAGGCAAGUCAUUUAACUUCUAUCUCAGUUUGAAGAAACAGAUUAAUAUCAUGGGACCUUGCCCUCCAGAUUAAUCCCUAAUGGGCCCCUAGUCCCAAGAACUAAGGUUGACAUGUCCUUAGUUAUGUGGUUUCACAAGGAUAUGUUAUCCCAGGUUUUCACAAGGAUAUGUUAUCCCAAGUUUUCACAAGGAUAUGUUAUCCCAAGUUUUCACAAGGAUAUGUUAUCCCAGGUUUCACAAAGAUAUAUUAUCUCAGGAUUCACUGACCUAACCUCGGUCACCAUGACCAUAUGUUAAACAUCUGGGUACCAAAGACUAUGAGUGAUGUGUCUUCCCUUUUGGCACCUGGGUUUCAGGACCCCAGCCCCAGGAGUUCCUGUUCACUCCCCCCACCCCAGGAAUUUCUCUGUACUCCCCCUAACCUAAAAGUGUAUAAAAAGCCUGCAAAUCACAGACUCAGGGCCAGCACUUUUGGUGCUGAGCCCCAAGCUAUAGUUUGGUUAAUAAAGUACCUCUUGUGUUAAUAAAGCAACUAAUAAAGUUGCAUUACCAUGUGUGUAUCCUCCUUGGAAUCAGAGCCAGAACCAGACAUUACAAGUUUCCUCAUCUGCCAAAUGGGAAUAAUAGCACCUCUCCCCCAAAGCUGUUGUAAAGGUCAAAUGAGAUAAUAUUUGUAAAGCUUAUAUAAAUUCUAGACUGCAUUAGUAUUUCAUUAUUACAUUAAAUACUGAAUUUUCAGGGCACCAUGAGAAAAAAACUGGUAACAGCAUGUACCAGUUAUAUCAAAUCACUACUUCGACCUUGAUUACCACCUCCCCUCAGAUCCUGAUCCAUGGGAAUAGCAGUGUUCCUCAAAACAUCAAACUUGCUUCCAGCCUAUCACUGAGAGGACCCAAAAACCAUAGGAAGUCAUCUUGGUGCUCAUAGCCAUCAUCUUCAGAAUAAGAAAAAAAAAACUCCUGGGGAAACUGCUUCUACAGGUCUAAUAGUCACAUCUCUUGAAGAUCCAGAAAAGAAAGUUCUUGCCACCAAGUCCUUAGCACUGCCAAAUGGUUCCACAUCAGAUUCUGAUAUGAUUUUAUCAGCAGAAAUGACAUUAAAGAGGCAUUACCAUCUGCUUUGCAACAGCACCUUAAAAACCAUGGAACCUUUCCAGCUGGACUGACAGCUAAAUCUUCCAUCUAUGUUGUUUCCCCUACUAGAAUAUGAACCUCUUCAGAGAACAGAUUAUCUCACCUCUCUAUUUGAACACCUAGCAUUUAGCACAGUGAUUUGCACAUAGUAGGUGCUUAUAAAUCCUUCUUUCAUUCAUUCAUGAAUAGAAACAGAUUAUCUAGAACCAGGGAUAGGGACUGAACCUGUGAUUUCAUAAGGAAGUCCUAGAUGAAGAAAUUGCCUAUACUAAUAGAAGCAACCUUCUCUAUAAUGCAAAAGCACGGAGAGUUGUCUAAACUAUUGCAAGGCAAUGACUUUGCUUGGCAUCACCAUUAUGUGUCAGGGGAAGAACUUGAACCCAAAUCUUCCUGACCCAAAGAUUAGCUUAAAAAAAAACCCUUACUAUUUGUCUUAGUAACAACUCUAAGACAUAAGGGCAAAGGCUAGGCCAACACUGUUAAGGGACUUUCAGGGUCACACAAUAAGGAAGUAUCUGAGGCCCAACUUCAGGCAUGAUAUUCUAUCUACUGUGCCACUUAGCUGCCCCAAGGCCAACUAAAUAUCUAUCAUGCCACACCCUCCUCAGUCUAGGAUGGAGAAGAUGUUCUCCUUUGCUGACAAGAUCACAUCUAGAGAACCAUUGUUCAUUUCUUGGCACCAGAUUUUAAGAGUCACUUGACAAAUAUUCCAUGGUAAUAAAAAUUCCAAGGGAACUCAGAAUCAUGCCUCACAAGAAUCAGUUGAAAAAAAAUGGGGAUGUUUAGCCCAUGGAUGCUGUGAAAAACAGCUGGCUUCAAGUAUUUGAAUGGUUGGCAUAUGGAACAAAUUUAUUCUGUGUCACUCUCAAGAAAGAAAGUAGGAGAACUGGGUGAAAAUUUUGGGGUUUUUUUAUGCCACCUCUAAUCUAUAAUACUACCAUAUCAGCCUGAGAUGCUAGGAUAAUACAUAAUAAGAAUCAAUGGUAUCACACAGUAGUAAAAUCUAGGAUGCAUUCUUAACCUAUAUAAAAAAAAUUGGCCAAAACAAGGGAGGUUUAUUGUUGUGUUAUACUGCACCCUACAUAACACAUCUGAAAUAUUCAUUUUAAAAGCUAUAUUGACAAAGUAUUGUGUACACCAAAUAGAACUAGGAUGGUAUGAGUAUUCAAAAACAUGCCUUAUGAGAACCAAUUUUAGUAACUUGAAAUGUCUAGCCUAAAGGAGGAAAUAUUUAAGAAAGUUGUAAUAACUCUCUUCAACUAUCUGAAGCAUUGCUCUAAACCUAGAUUAGGAUUAUUUUUGGUUAUUAUUUUGUGCUCUAUAAUUUGUCAGUUCUAUACACUGAAACUUGCUUUAUUUUAUCUUUUUCCCUUAGCCCAUAGAUGAGUACUUUGGAAAAAAUACAACCUUUGCCUCUGCUGAACAAAUAGGAAGAAGGGGUUUGGCUAUACCUACAUAAAGGAAUCUGGAGAAACUGGAACGUGACAGAAGGCAAGCAAAGACUGGUAAUAGCAGAAAAAAGAGAGAAAAGCUGACUGCUUUCAAAAGCUAUCCAACAGGUACAGUCACAUUAACCCAGAUGCAUAGGCAUAUUUUAAAAUAAUUCUUUAAAAUAGUAUAAUAUGGACAUUUAUAUCUUUCACACUCUAAAUUCAUUUUACAAGCCUUUGAUCAAAAGACAAAGAUCCCUAUCAUUUUAGGAUUUGCCUUAUUUUGGCUCUAAGGAGAACAUCUCCUUAUACUCUACCUUUUCAUGAUCUUUUUUUAAAAUAUCAAUUAACAGGUAUUUAUUCAAUCAAUCAAAAUGUAUUGACCAUGACUAGGGCAUUCUGCUUACACUAGGAAUAUAAAUACAAAAAGAUGAGAGCCCACCUCUCAAAGAGCAUAUUUUCUACAAUAGCUGAUAAAGCCAUAUUUGUUGUUGCUUAUAUCAAAUAAUUUCAAAUAAUUUUAUAUACAUAUACAUAUGUAUAUGGGUGAUCAUUUUUUGUAGGAGAGACUUUAAAACUAUAUGUUAAUGUUCCUUUUCAUGGUCUUAACCCAAUAUAUUUAUUUCUGCUACUUGCUACCUGUGUUGCUUGGACAAAUCAGUAUUUCUCAAAGGAUAAAGUUCUUUACCUGUAAAAUGAAGGAGUUGAAUGAGUUGAUCACCUACCCUCUGAUUCCUUCCAGCAGGAAAGUUAUAAUACUGUUUCCAUUAUGUAGUAAUUAUCAUUUCUGUAGAAAUCCAUUCAUCUCUUAAAUGUUCCAUUAUUAAAUUUCCUAUAAUCUAUAUUGAGAGGUCUAAAUAAGCAAGAAGAUCUGAAGAAAAUGGAGAGCCCUGGAGACCAGGCACUGUAUCUUGAAGGAAGGGCCACCACCUUCAGUUUGCACAUACAUCAGAAUUUACAUACAUUCUUUUGUUAGAUCCUCACAACAAUCCUGUAAGAUAGGAAACCUUUUUAAUCCAAAUUUUACAAAUGAGUAAAAUGAAGCUCAAUGAGAUUAAGCCCAAAGUCACACAGAACUUGAGCCCAAUUCAGCCUUUAGCACUCCUCAAAUUAAUAAAAAUAAAUAUGAAUCUAAGCCAGGUUUGAAGACUUUCCCAUUUGCAUUUCUGCCUACUAACAAAACAAAUCGUGUAUAUAUACCUUAUGUAUAUAUACAUAUACUCAUAUGUACCUACAUGUUUCAAAAGAUCAAUUCAUAUAUAAUUUAGUCAGUCUGGGUUCUAGCUCUACUACCUCCCUUUUCACAGGUAAAGAAACUAAGGUCCAGUGACUUGCACAAGGUCACAUAGGUAGUAAGUGGCAGAGUCAGGAUGAACCCAGAGUUUUUGUCGUUAAAUUCAGUGCUCUUUCCAUGACGCCUAGCUGCCACUACAGAGAGCUCAUAUUCUGGGAGAGAUAGAUUAUUACUAAAGCCUCAGUGAAUCUUAAUUACAGGGUUCGCUCCACCCCUUGCCCUUGACCUGAAAAUGUUUCUGGUUCAGAAAGGCCCUGCACAUUCCGUUAGCAGGGCUAGGAAGAUCUUCACCCCCCCCCCCCCCCCCGUGUCCACCUCCUCAGUCUCCCUCUAACCAAACUGAGGUAGAGCAGGGCAGCAGAUGGAGAAAGAGAAAAGGAGAGCGGGGUGAGGGAGGAGCCUCCGGGGCGGUGAGCCAGCUGCCACUGUUCAGUGUCUCCUGGCACAGAACUGAUUCUGUUGGCGGCAAACAGCACCAAGCCCAAUCUCCAGGGCGGGCAGGUGCAGAGAAAGAAGAGGGAGGGGAGAACGACAGUGAAGUCGCGUCAGGCGCGUGGGUGUGCGCCCAGGAAGAGAAGAGGUUUGGGAAUCACAACAACCCCGCAAAAAGGAGUCGUGCCGCCGCUGCCGGCCAGGCCAUGCUGCCUCGGGCGGCUGUUCCACGGGCCGGGGUGGUGGCUUGGGCCGCGGUGCAGAAGAGCCCCUCAGGUGCGGUCCACUGAACCUGGAGCGAACUGGCUGUAGGGAAGAGAGCCUGGAGAGCAAGGGGUACAGCAUUUCGCUUGCAUCCUCGCUGCCUGCUUUCCCCUUCUCCUUCGUCUCCAUACACCUUUGCUCCUCUUAGGUUCUUUCCCGAGAGACCCAGGAGGCUUCGCUCGCAGCCUCCUUGCUUCUCCCAUCCCCCCGGCCUGCAGCCAUGGCCUGGACGCUCCAGGGCAGCAGGACGCGGGGCCAGCAGGUGCGGUUGCUGGGGCUACCCCUGUUGCUCGGUGUGUGGCUCCUGGGCCAAGCAGCCGACGGACAGCGCUCCGCGCCGCUAGCCGAGCUGCGCUCGUCCAUCUCGGGCGUGGAGGAGCUCCUGGAGGAGUUCCGCAAGCAGCUGCAGCAGGAGCCGCCGGGACGGGAGACGGAGGAAAGCGACGACAACCGCGAGCUGCCGCAGCGUCGUGCGGGGUCGGAAGCCGGCUGUCCUGGCGGCGGCUACACUGUCAAGCCUGACUCCAUCAUCCGCACCAAGGACUCGCUUGGCGCAGGGGCCACCUUCCUGACGGCGCCCGCCGCAGUACGGGACUGGCAACAAUGCGUGGCUGCCUGCUGUGCCGAGCCCCUCUGCACUGUGGCGGUGGUGGAGCUGCCCCAGCUCCAGGCCUCCAGCGACCUCAACUGCUACCUUUUCAACUGUACCUACCGGGGUCGCAACGUCUGCAAAUUCUCGAUGCACCAAGGCUAUAACAGCUACAGCCUGAGCCUGGCCGCCGAGAACCACCGCAACACCACCUCCCGCCCUGGUGGGCCCCCAGGAGGGGGCAGAGGCAGACCAGCUGCUCCAAUCGGGCCCCGGAAAAAAACGCUGCAAAGCUCGACUCUAGCUGCAGAAGCCGCCUCCGCGGCCUCAUCUCCACCCCAAGAAUACGAUGAGCCUCCACAUAGCAAGGCAGGACAAGAUGUAGUUUUGCAGCUGCCUACAGAUUGGGUGACUUUGGAUGGCCGAGAAAGCACAGAUGACCAUGCAAUCAUUAAAUAUGAAUGGACUUUGCAACAGGGUGACUCAUCAUUGGAUAUGAAGGUACCUCAAUCAGGAGUCCUGAAGCUAUCCCACUUGCAAGAAGGAGUAUACAUCUUCCAGCUGACUGUGACAGACAGUGCUGGUCAAAGGAGCUCGGACAACAUCUCUGUGACUGUACUCCCCAAGGCAGAAACUGCAGUAGAAUGUUUGAAAGUUUGCUCACGCUAUCAUUUCUUCUGUGAUGACGGCUGCUGUAUUGACAUCACACUGGCCUGCGAUGGAGUGGAUCAAUGCCCUGAUAGAUCUGAUGAAGCUUUCUGCCAGAGUGUGAGUCCAGGCCGAAAAACAAUAACUCAUGCAGCUGCAAGUCCAGCCCAGCAAAGAACUGUGGGAUUGACUGAAGAUUCAGACAGAAGUCUCUCUUCACAAAACAGCCAGAAAGCCACAAGGAAACAGCUGUUUUCAUCAGCCAAUUCAGUCAAGAGUAACCAUUCAGUCUCUCAGGGACCAAAGAAUCAAAUGAAUGCUUUAAUGCCAGGAGCCGUUUUCCAACAGGCUGCAACAGAGCCAUCAACUCACUCUCACUCCGAGCCAGAUAGUAGCCCCUCAGGGAAAGACACAGAAGAGAAAGAGGGAAAUUAUAUUCCUGAGUCAAAGAACAAUCGAAUAGGAGAGCACCCAAUCCCAGAAACAGGUGCAGUCUUGCCCCUGGCACUAGGUUUGGCCAUCACCGCUUUGCUUCUCCUCAUGAUUGCUUGCCGACUUCGAUGGGUGAGACAGAAACUCAAAAAAGCCCGACCCAUAACAUCUGAGGAAUCGGACUACCUCAUAAAUGGGAUGUACCUAUGAGAAACAUGUCUCUUAGUGGCUGAAGAUGGGGUUUCCAUUGAUAUUUUAUCUAGGUGUCUGAUUCUAGAAAUUAACCUUUUUUUUUUGGACUUGUGCUAAGAACAUUGAGAAUAUUAAAAAAAAAAAUCCUCGUCAAAUCCAAAAACCUUUAGUCGUAUUCCUUUUAACUCUAGUUAAAAAUCUCUUCCUCUGACAGUAUUCGAUAACUAUUGAUGUGUCUAUAGUUGUUCAUGGGAUUAAAAUAAAAUAUAAGUCAAAGACUGAUUAUGGUAAGCUGUGCCUGAAAAUAGAGAUAUGGAAUGUAAUCUGUUCAUGCAGGCGAUACAGCGGCUCAGGGAGAUGGCCAUUGUGUGGCAGUGUGAGCGUUUCACCUCAUCCUUUGACACAGAUAUAUGUGUACAUACAAUAUACAUAUACAUAGAGAGAGAGAACCAAGGCCAACUAUAAAGCAAGUGAAGUUUGUCUUGCAUCCCCAGUCUCCCCUUUCUCUGAUCUUCCUGUCCCCUCUCCAUCUUAGGUACUCGGUGCCUUUCCCUUCAUCUCCUAUCAAAACCUGCUCUCAGGAAUAGAUUUCAUAUUGGUUAUUUCUAUUUUAGUGUGAAUCUGUCAACAUGUUACCUCUCCCACAAAUCUAUAUUUUGACUCUUCUCUUUGUCAAAAGAAAGGCUUCUCUCCCCAUUAAAUGAAUUUCAAACAUCAGUGAUCAGGUGGAGGAAUUAGUGGGACAGAGUCAAAAUAAUUAUUGGGAACUUUGUUUAAAUUUGGAUCAGUGGAGACCAUAGGAAGAGAGAAAUAAAGUGAUGCAAGAGAUUAAAUUGGGGUAGGGGAGAGACGGGUUUACAAAAAGAAUUUGCUCAUUUUCCUUUUUAUAAUUUCUCUUGUCAUUGAUUGAACAAUUAACAUUUCUUGAGAGUUCCUAAUAUGAUACACAUAAGUUCUUUGUUGUGUCUAACACCUUGAUCUCCUUCAGAGCACAUUUGGACCACUUGCAUAUUCACCACAUUUCAUCUUAGUUUAUCAAAGAAAAGGAAAUUAAACUGAAAAGAGAAAUACUUUCAGUGUAUUUGUGGGCAAAAUUUUAACAAUAAUGCCGAUUGACUGUAGACAGCAAAAAUUUCUUUGUUAAGUAAAACAGACUAGUUCUUACAAUUUAAUUUUUUCAUUCUCUUUUGCCCCAGAAAUUAACAUUUUAUAACUUAGACUCGGUCACUGAACACAUUUCAGGACUUGCUAGCAUUUUCAGACAUAGCUAUCAGCUGACUCAACCACUCGUGCUCUUCAGUGUGCAGGGUUUUGAAAGAUUUAUAUAAUUCCUGAGUUCAUUUACUACUAAGACAAUGUGAUGUAGAGGCUGCCAUAUUGAGCAGAAAUACCAGUGGGGAUGUGUAUACUGCCAUGCUACUUUCAUGCACUGCAAAAAAAUCCAUGAAUGCCUAUGGAAAAUUGUCAAAGCCUUUUGGAAAGUAUCAUAGAACCAUUUAUUUAUAUAACCACCACGCUAACUAACCCCUUACUAAAAGAGUUUAAUUUUGGUAGGGAUAAAUUAUCUGAUUCCAAUAUCACAGUGAUAAGCAAAACUAGUUCUGAGAUCAGUGCUGUUCCUGCAAUCAUGAGUUUGAUUUUCAGGCCAAAUCUUUCAACACAUUGUACAAGUGAGACAUCAUCUCAGCUUCCUGAGAAACUCCAGAAGUUUGCCAGUUAUACUGUUAGCACCUAACAAAGCAUUAAGCUUUUCCCAAGGGCAGUUUAUAGAGAUAUAAAUGUUAUCUAUGAUGUUGUACAGUUUAUUUUCAUGUGUAAGGAUGUCACUAAUAGCCAUAGCCAAUAAAAUUAGGACAGAUAAGGCAUGCAUCUUCCUGUAGGUCAUCUUUUGUACUUAAGGAAUUAAAACCAACUUUAAGAUUGCCAUGGUAUACAAAUACUUAAAAGAAGCUGUCCAGUGUCUGUAUAAAAUAAUAUUGCUCCAAUAAACCCUAUUUUAUUCUUGUC